AUGAGUUUAAUUAGAGUGGAUCAAGCAGAUAGCAUUCUUCAGUUUAUAAAAGAUAAAUCAGCGGAGUUGGUUGGUAUUGGUGAAGUUGGCCUGGAUUUUAGUCCACGCAUUAUGAAUAAUGCUAUUGCUGGUUAUCCAGAUUUAAAAUUGGACGUUGAGGAACUUAAAAAAGUGCAACGUACCGUCUUGGGGCGUCACAUAGAUCUAUCACUUCAAUUUGAUCUUCCCCUUAAUGUUCACUCUCGUUCUGCAGGUCAUCAUACUUUGGAUUGUUUGCGAGAUUAUGGUGCAAGGAAAGUUGUAAUGCACGCAUUUGAUGGUCAAAUAAAAUAUGCAAACAGGGGUGUUGAAAUGGGGUUCUUUUUCUCGAUACCACCUUCAAUAGUUCGUUCACCUCAAAAACAAAAGUUGGUAGCUGCUAUUCCUUUAUCAAAUCUAUUACUUGAAACUGACUCACCAGCCCUUGGACCUGAACAAGGCGUUGACAAUGAACCAGAUAGCGUAGUAAUAAGUGCCACAGAAAUUGCUAAAAUUAAAAAUAUGGAUGUUAGUGAUGUGAUUCGACAAACUACUGAAAAUGCGUACAAAUUGUUUCCGAAAAUCAAAAAGAACUCUAUUUAA